AUAAUAAAUAAUUAAUAAAAAAUGUCGGAUUCCAAUUCGUUGGGUAUUGGAAUUUUUAUAUUAAAUUUUCUGCUACUGACCCAAGCAAAACGCUGCAGUUUUAAGACAUCCAACAAUCCAACCUGUGCCCAGUUGCAAAACAUCAAACAGUCGCUGGAUGCAACCGUGGAUCCAUGCGACAAUUUCUAUGGCUAUGUCUGUAACAAUUGGCCCCAUGCCCAGCAAAACUAUGAGGAUAUCCUUAACUAUCAACUGAAUUUGAAACUGAUCUCCAUAAUGGAUGUCAUCGAAGAAGAAGAGGGGGAGGAGGAGAAGGAGAUUCUGAAUACGGAUUUUUUCAACAAAACCUACCACUAUUAUCGGUCCUGUUUGAGGGCCAAAAACAGUGAUGCCAUUGCCAGUUAUCUGCACAUCCUGAAACCUGGGCCGGAUCUUCAAUGGCCUGUCCUGGAAGAGGUGUUGGAUCGAAAUCCCAACGAUUGGCGUAGGGAAAAUUUCGAUGUUUAUCGGCUUUUGGGUCAAUUAGCCAACUAUGGCAUCAAUGAGCUGUUCAUUGGCUCCAGCGUUGCCAUUAAUGCGGAUGGUUCUGUCAUCUUGACCCUCAAGGCCCCCUUUGUGCCGCACAUAUCCGAGGAAGAAAUUACAAAUUUAUUGGCGAAAUUCCAGUUGAGCCCCUAUGCAAUAACACUUUUCACCAAAAGCUUCUUUGAAAUCCUUCAAAAUCAAAGGAUCCUGAUCCUGGAUAAUGAUUCGCACAGGACCAAGCAUAAAUAUCUCACCUACCAGCAGCUGGGCAGGGCUUACCCGCCAUUGAAAAAAUUUGUGGAUAAUUUGGAAAUAAUUAAUUUGCGAAAAUUGAAAAUAAUCGCCAUGGACCAGGAGGACUAUUUCGAUUUCCUCGUUGGCCAGCAGUGGUUCGACAACCAAGAACCGGCCAUUUGCACAUACAUUAUGAUACGCAUGCUGAUGUAUCUGCUGCGGAGUGGCAAGAAUUUGGGCCAACAUCAAAAAUUGGAUUGCAUUGAUGAGGUGCGAUCGAAACUGGAAUUGCCCACCAAUUUGCUGUACUUUGCCCACUAUCGGCCGGAGGAGCUGGCAAAUAAUGCCGAAAUCAAGGCCAUCUAUCAUAAGCUAUGCCAUAUUUUCAUGGAAAAUUAUGCCAAGGAUCUAAGACCUCGCCCAGAUCCGGGCAGAAGUUGUUCCACGACCUCAUUCAAUCUGGGCAAUUUACCCAACAGCCAUAUGCGCCAACGUCUGCAAAGGUUAUUCUCGGACAUUCCCGCCCUUGAUUUGGACAAUUUCUAUGGCAACUAUCUGCAUCUGCUGCGGCAUCGCUAUCUCCGGGACAUCAACAAACACAACUACCCUUACAGUGUAAUGAUCAUACGUGGCAUCGAAACCUAUUUAAGCUCCCCCAUAUACGACAUCUCUCGCAACAUGUUGGCCAUACCGUUUGUUAUGCUCCAACCACCCAUGUAUGAUAAGGCCUAUGAUCCGUUAUUCAAGCUCUCCUCCAUGGGCUAUCAAUUGGCCCGCAAUUUUCCCCAAAUCGAACAUUAUGGCCUGAAGAUAAUGCACGAGUUGCCAGAUGUUUGGCAAUUCGAAACCGAUCCGGAAAGUGCCCGAAAUGUGGGUGCAGCUGCCUUGGCCUACAACACCUAUUGCCUGGAUCACUCCUCCAACCUGCAGCCGAAUUUUACCAACACACCAUGGCAGCAAUUGUUUUUUCUCAAUUUAGCCCAGACAUUCUGCGUGAAGGCCAGGCCGGAAAAUUCGAAGCGUAUUAAAGCCAAUGAGAAGAGAUUGCGUACAAUUGCCCGAAGUUUGGCCACAUUCAAUGAGGCAUUUCAGUGUGGUGAUGAGAGAAAUUUUAAUUGAGAAUAACUGGAAAUGGAAAAUCUUUGAGAUUUGGAAAAAAUAAAUAUUGCUUUUAUUUGAAAAAGAAAAAAUAU